CUCAGAGCACCGAGUUCCUCUGCGCUAAAAAGGGGAUAUAUAAGGCAAAACUUCAAGAUCUGAUCUAUCUCUCUUUCCUUUCUCUUUCUCUUUCUCUCUCUCUCCACCAUUUUAUUUCCUCUUAUAGAAGUUAAUCUCACCCUCCCUUCACUCAGAUCUCCCCGUACAAAUCUAGGACGAUUCUUUAGGUAUCAAAAUCAGACCCACUUCGUUUUUUGAUUCAAACCCAGUCUCUGAUAAGUCUUUUGAGUAAUUCAUGAGAUGAGAUCUAUGUUGUGAUCUUUGAAUACAUUGGUGGAAGUGAAAAAAGAGUUGCGAUUGGAGAACUUGAGAACUAAAAUAAAUGAUGAGGGGAAGAUCUGAUGGGGUGCAAAAGAAGCGUUUAAUCACUUCUGUGUGUGCUGUGACAAUCUUCCUUGGUUUUCUGUAUGUAUACUAUGGAUCCAUUUUUGGCUCUAAUAGCCAUGGUGCAUCAGCUCUAGAAUAUGGCAGCAGAUCUUUGAGAAAACUUGGUUCAUCUUACUUGGGUGGGGAUGAAGAUAAUGAUGGCAAGCAAGAUGAGUCUUCCAUGAGAUUUGCGCUGGAAGAUGGAGAGGAUGAAAUCACACCAAAGAGUUUCCCUGUUUGUGAUGAUCGGCAUUCCGAAUUGAUUCCUUGCCUGGAUAGAAACCUUAUAUACCAAAUGAGAUUGAAGCUUGACUUGUCUUUAAUGGAGCACUACGAAAGACAUUGCCCUCUUCCGGAAAGGCGGUUCAAUUGCUUGAUUCCUCCUCCACCAGGAUACAAGGUACCAAUUAAGUGGCCAAAAAGCAGAGAUGAAGUCUGGAAAGCAAACAUACCUCAUACUCACCUUGCACAUGAGAAGUCUGACCAGAACUGGAUGGUUGUUAAAGGUGAAAAGAUUGUAUUUCCUGGUGGAGGAACUCAUUUUCACUAUGGAGCUGAUAAGUAUAUUGCAUCAAUUGCAAAUAUGCUUAACUUUUCCAACAAUAAGAUAAAUAAUGAAGGAAGAUUAAGAACAGUUCUUGAUGUUGGCUGUGGUGUUGCAAGUUUUGGAGGUUAUCUUCUUUCGUCUGAUGUCAUAACAAUGUCAUUAGCACCAAAUGACGUGCAUCAAAACCAAAUUCAGUUCGCCCUAGAAAGAGGAAUUCCAGCAUAUCUUGGUGUUUUAGGGACCCAGAGGCUCCCUUACCCUAGCAGAUCUUUUGAACUUGCUCACUGUUCUCGAUGUAGGAUUGAUUGGCUUCAAAGGGAUGGAAUUCUUCUUCUUGAGCUCGAUAGAUUGCUCAGACCAGGAGGGUAUUUUGCCUAUUCAUCUCCAGAAGCAUAUGCUCAGGAUGAAGAGGAUCUUAGAAUAUGGAAAGAGAUGAGUGCCCUUGUGGAGCGUAUGUGUUGGAGAAUAGCUGUAAAGAGGAACCAAACAGUUAUUUGGCAAAAGCCUCUGACAAAUGACUGUUAUAUGGAAAGAGAACCUGGUACUCAACCUCCUCUCUGCCGGUCUGAUGAUGAUCCAGAUAAAGUUUGGGGUGUGCAAAUGGAAGCAUGCAUCUCGCCAUACUCUGAUCAUGACCACAGAGUAAAGGGAAGUGGAUUGGCUCCUUGGCCAUCUAGAUUGACUGCUGCUCCUCCUCGUCUUGCUGAUUUUGGCUAUUCAAAUGAAAUGUUUGAAAAGGAUACGGAAGUUUGGCAACGGAGGGUUGAGAAUUAUUGGAAUCUCUUGAGUCCAAAGAUUUCAUCAAACACUGUGAGGAACUUGAUGGACAUGAAGGCAAAUAUGGGUUCAUUUGGUGCUGCUCUGAAGGACAAGGAUGUUUGGGUGAUGAAUGUUGUUCCCGAAGAUGGUCCGAACACUCUUAAGCUGAUAUACGACAGAGGUCUUAUAGGCUCUGUUCACAACUGGUGCCAAGCCUUUUCAACAUACCCCCGAACUUAUGAUCUGCUCCAUGCAUGGACUAUCGUUUCUGACAUAGUGAGGAAAGAUUGCAGUCCUGAAGAUUUGCUGAUUGAGAUGGAUCGCAUACUAAGGCCUACUGGUUUCAUAAUUUUUCGUGACAAACAACCAGUGAUUGAUUACAUAAAGAAGUACUUGGCAGCAUUGCACUGGGAAGCAGUGGCAACAGCUGAUUCCAGUUCAGAUUCCGACCCGGAUGGAGAUGACAUUGUGCUUAUCAUUCAGAAGAAAGUCUGGCUGACAAGUGAAAGCCUCAGGGAUUCCGAAUAGGACAACAUUUUAGUCUGCUGCUUCAAGGGAUUCCAAGCAUGUCCCAAGCUGUUAUGCAGAAAAUAAUUUUAUUUUUGUAGCAGUAAGUUAUGUUUAAAUUAUUAAUUUUUAUUUCCUUUUUUCUACGAUGAUUUAUUUGUUAAAGCCAUAGACUGUCAGCAUCUAUACGCAAUUCUUUUUUCUUUUUCUGGGCAUUGUGUAAGCUACCUAUUAAUCUAUUGAUCAAUAACUGAAGUUAAGGCCAAUGUGCUGCUGAAGUAAAUAGAAUUGGUUCAAGUUAUUUGUAGUAGCA